CCCGAAACAGUAGAAAUUAGCCCCAGGGUUAACCUCAAAAGUUCGGUUCAAGGUAUUCGACCCGAUCCCCUCACGGCCCGAUGAGGAGACAGUGGUAGCUCUAGAAUUACAAGUGCAAUUGCAAAUUGUUGUAGGAAAAUGGCUUCUUACCUUUGCUUCCAGUUACAAUCUGUGGCUGCUUUGAAUGCAACUUCCAAGCUUUUAACCUCCAAAUCAUCUUCAAUAUUCAAUCUUCAUCAUUAUCCUCGCUCCUAUUGCACCGCCCUUUCUGCUUGUGUUGUCAACAAACACCUCGGAAGCCCAGAACUUGUAGCCUUGGAAUAUGCUGACCUCAAUCUCUCUCCUGGGGACCUGGGCCAUGUGAGAAUCAGGCAACAUGUCAACCCUCUACGUUCAUCAUUCUCUGCACCAGUGCAAGUCCCCGAUUGGAAUGAAGUUUACAAGGACCCAACUUUGCCACUUAUGGUGGAUAUUGGAAGUGGUAGUGGCCGAUUUUUAUUGUGGCUUGCAAGAAAAAACCCUGAUUCUGGAAAUUAUUUGGGACUUGAAAUCCGGCAGAAACUGGUCAAACGCGCAGAAUUCUGGGUAAAGGAACUGGCUCUUAGUAACAUACAUUUUAUGUUUGCAAAUGCUACAGUGUCUUUCAAGCAACUGGUAUCUGCAUAUCCUGGACCCUUGAUGCUAGUUUCAGUCCUGUGCCCAGACCCACAUUUCAAGAAAAGACAUCAUAAGAGAAGGGUUGUGCAGAAAACUUUGGUAGAUUCUAUAGUAAAUCAUUUGAUGCCGGGAGGAAAGGUUUUUGUCCAGUCUGAUGUGCAUGAAGUGGCUCUUGACAUGAGAAAUCAAUUUGAUACCGAAUCAAACGUGCUACAGCACAUUGACACAAUUGACUCAACUGUGCCAUGUGACAAUGAAGGAUGGUUAUUAGAAAACCCAAUGGGGAUAAGAACUGAAAGAGAAAUUCAUGCCGAAUUUGAAGGUGCGAAAAUAUACAGAAGGAUGUACCAGAAGCAAAGCUGAGUAAAGAGCAGACUUUCUUAAGCUUGGUGAGAUCUUACUAUCACAAUACUAAGUUUCUGGGGGCACAACCAUGUGUAUUAUUGAUUCUUGAAAGUGUUUUGCUAAGACAAUAGUUAAUUGAUUAUAAAAAUUUUCUUUCAAACUUGAUUAA